UUAACAUUAGCGUAACAUAGCAUUUGAUAUCGUGUUGCGCGUUUCGUAGCUGUUGUUAUUAUCACUUUUUUGUUUUUGUUUAUUGUGCCGUUAAAAAACGAAGCAAGCAGCCAGCCAUUAGUGACGCGCAAGCCUCUAUAAUAAUAAAGUAUAUAAUUUUGUCUCGUGGUUGCCAAAAAAAAUAAACCGUUUUACAGAAGGACGUACAGCGUACGUACCUCCCCUUUAAGAAUCAACCUCAACCGCCCCCGUCGCGACGCGACUAACAUUUGCUGUUUUUGUUUGUGCUGUUGCGCGCUGGCUGAUCCAGGAAAUUUGUUGUGGUUGUCAAUAUUUCAUUUCUACGCAGCAGCAUCGGCGGCAGCAGCACCAGCAGAAGCAGCAGCAGCAAUAGCAUCAACAGCGGAGGCCGGAAAAGCAAGUUGGCUCAGUGCCCCGUUGCGAAUUGACAUAUUGUGGUUGCGCAUUCAGUGGUAAAGUGCAGAUGCGCAGUUUGUAACGGCGCCCAUGCGCGCACAGCUGAUCGAUUAGGAAUCGAUUGAAACUAACCUAACCUAACGGCAAUACAGCAUCAAAUUACAAGCAAACAAAAACAGUGUCAUUAUCAGCUGCAUAAUAAAAAAAAACUAAAAAAAAGAAAUAAAACUUAAAAACGAUAUAAAAAACAAAAACGUAUCAACAAAUAUGUUUCAAAUUCCACGACCAUCGCGGGCAACGCUGCUUGGCGCUGCCAUCGCGCUUGGCAUGGUGAUGUUAAUGUCCUGCGUACGUCCUUUGGGUGUCCUGUUCCUGGGCCUGUUCAGCUAUUGGCUAUAUUGGACACGGUGCAGCUAUCGAGUUGUGCUCACGCCGGAGCUGCGCGAAAAAUUCGAGUCCUGGUUGCGUCGCGCCGACAAUUGGCGUCACAAUUCACCCAGCAUGUUCUGCUUGGUUAGCACCGGCUGCCUGGCCACAUUUGCCGUUUUGGGCCACCUGCUAUCGGGUUCCGUGCUGGUGAUGACCCUGCUGGUCGUCUCCGCUGUCGUCUCCACCAAAUACAAUUUUAAGCUGGUACAUAUCGAACGCAGAGAUUUCCAAUGGUCGGAGCGGAUCAACUACUAUAAUGCCGAUGCCGAGCUAGACGAUGAGUUCAUGCCGGACGUAAACGAAUCGAAUCUGUUUGUGCUGGAACGUGCCAGCGAUGUGGCCACCAUCAGCUCGCCCACCGAUGCGGAUGGGGUUGGCGAUGCUGACGACGAUGACCGCAGCGAUGAUGUGCCCUCCGAGCUGCUCAUACCCGAUUGCAUACCUGAAAUCGAUGAGCACUCAACCGACGAGGAUGACGAACUGGUGCCGCUAUCACAGUCCAAGCACAGGGCGGAAGCAACAGCUGCCCGACCACAACCACAGCAACAACAAUACGAGCAGAGCAGUCAGGCAAAGGACAAUGCGUCAACAGAGGACAAGACAAUGGACUUUCGUAGGGGGCACUUCAAGCGCGACUCUUCGCUAUCCACCACCUCAUCAUCGUCAGAGGAGAGCCUAUCCAAGGGCCUGCAAUUUCCCGAUCACACCAGCGUCGAUGCUGGCGGCCCCUCACUGCGUCAGUUAACUGCUCCACCCACUGAUGAUACUGCCAGCAGUAGCUCUCUAUUAGCAUUGGCUGUCAAAACGCAAGCGCAGGCGCUGCUGCCCAGCCUCGUCUCCAACUUGGUCCAAUGGGGUGCCACUGAGGUGGAUAGCACCGCCAAGCGACGCCAAGUGACAGCGCUAGACUCAUCCGAUGAGAGCGACUUCGAGAUACUCGAAACGGAUGAUUUUAAGUAAACCAACUAAUAUCUAUCUAUCUAU